GCAGAACAGUCGAGCAGGGGUCAGGAGCGAUCCUCGUGAACGUCGCACAUCCUGGUGACUCGCAGCCCGUUAACCCCUGCCAUGGCUGUCCUCCUGGUGACUGACAGGUGCGUUCAUUGUCUCACGGGAUCACCCGCUGAUACAGUAAAGCCUGUGUCACUUCUUCAGAGCAGGAAAUACGGGUUCUGCUGUGGACUUCCUGGUGUGUCCUUGUAAGAUCGCAGCAAGCCGACAGCCUGCAGCAGUUCUCCGGCUGCUCGCUCCGACACCUGCAGAGGAAUUCAUGGGGUGACCAGAGAUGUCUUACCAAAGGAAAAUUCAUUUUCUGCGUUUGGGAGUCCUCGUCAUUGUGGCACUGGCUAUGAUAAAGUAUAUUCAAAGAGGCAGUCGUCCUCAGGUAACGCAUCCUGUAAUGGUAGAAAAAAGAGCUAACUUUUUUUGGGGUGAGGAAGCAGAAGAUCCAGUAGACCCGAUAAUCAAGGAUCUUCCUCCUGAGCCGCAACGUGAGGAGGAAAUAAUUCCUCAGCCAAAGAUAAAGACAGCGGCAGGAGAGGUCGCAUUGAAAGAUUUCAGUGGCAUCGAGAUGAAGCUAGUCCACUUGGAUCUGAAGGGAGCGCCUCCGAAAGUGUCCUACUAUGAGCAGAUAUUUCCUCUUCUCUCCAAGCUUGGGGCCAAUGGUUUACUCAUUGAAUAUGAGGAUAUGUUUCCAUUUACUGGAGAGCUGGCCAUCUUGAAGUCUCCAUAUGCUUACAGUGAGGAUGACCUGAAGAAGAUUCUGCAUCUUGCAGAGACUAACAACCUAGAAGUGGUACCACUCAUGCAGACGUUUGGGCACAUGGAGUACAUCCUGAAGCACGACAAGUAUAAAGCGCUGAGGGAGGUGGAUCGUUACCCCAACAGCCUGAACCCUCACCAUGCGGAAACCCUGCCGCUGGUCAAGAUGAUCCUCACUCAGGUUCUUGAAAAGCAUCCAAUGAGCAGUUGGGUCCAUAUUGGAUCUGACGAGGUUUACCAUCUGGGGGAAGGGCAGGACUCCAAAUCCUGGCUAAACAGUAACAAAGGAGACCUGGGCAAGAUGUUCCUGUAUCACUUGAAGAAUGUGGUCAGCUUCCUCCAUGCUGAGUUCCCCGAGAAGAACCAGCUCAUAUGGGAUGAUAUGCUGAGAAAGCUGAGCACAGAGAGCAUACAGGCCUCCGGGAUCACAAAGCACGUGUCUCCAGUUCUUUGGCUCUACCAUGGGAAUUUCAAUAUGGAGCAAACAGAGUCCUUUAUUUCUAAAUAUGAGAAAAGUGGAUUUACAAAUAUUUGGUUUGCAAGUGCUUUUAAAGGGGCGUCCGGCCCAGCCCAGAUGUGGACCCCGAUGGACCUGCACAUGAAGAACCACCAGGAGUGGAAGAAAGUCAUCAACAGUAUGAGAAAGUUCCCCAAGAUCCACUACAGCGGCAUUGCUCUGACCGGGUGGCAGAGGUACGACCAUUACUCAGUGCUGUGCGAGCUGCUGCCGGUGGGCAUCCCUUCCCUGGCUGUGUGUCUGAAGACUCUCAAGUACGGACAAUUCACCGAGGAGGCCAAGAAGGACAUUUCUCACAUCCUGGGCUUCAGCAACAUCAAUGUAGAGAAAAACACUUGUGAAGGGACCGGUGCAUUUCCUGGAGCUGAAAUUUAUAACAUGGUGAGAAAAAUCCACAGUGAUCUGAAAAAUAAGGUCCGUGAAAUCACUGAAGGAGACAGUGAAAUCAGUGGCUGGUUCUCGCGCUACCACAGGGCGCACCGAUUUGGCAAUCCGCAUAAAAUGGAGACAUUCAGUGCAAAAAUCUUAAAAGCCAAUGAAGAAUGGGAAUCCCACAUACAGGCCCUGCGAUCCGAGCUCGAUUCCAUCUAUUUCCAGGACACGGUGGAAGAGUGGAUGGAAGAGAAUGUGAAUCCGUACAUGGAUUCCCUACGAGAACUGGCAAAAGAUUUCCAGGAGAUUCUACCACUCAAUGCCCGCCCAAAGGUCAUGGUGACAAAGUGAAGGACACCGGUUCCCGCCUAGAACACUGCAGACUGGAAUUUGCUUGAAAUCGGAACCAGGCAAGGGUGACCCGUGCCAUACACUGAACAAAAGCAGGGGUCUGGGAACGGCCUUUACUCCAAAUUAUACAGUCAGUAGUAGCUC